GUUGCAUAUCGCCUCUCCGGAGCUGAACGGGACAGUGCUAUGAGGACUCUCCCCAAAAGCAAAACUUGCGAAGUGUACUCCGUCUCUGGGCAUGAACACUCAGGCCGCUCCGCUGCACAGGGAGAGGGGGAGUUAAAGGAGCCCACCCAGUCGCUGAGCCCCCCCACGAAGCCUGAGGAUCAAGCAGAGCAGAGGGCAGAAGGGGGGAAAGCUCCGGCCUGUGGCUCCUGGAGGAGGUGGAUGUUAGGUCUCCUGCCUUUCUUCCCCUGCACUGCCGCCAUUGCACUGACCCUCCACUACUUAACAUCUCCGCCCUCCUCGGUGUUCUUCCUCGGAGGCAGCGUGGAGUUCCCAAACCUGAGCUUCUCCUCAGAGCUGACUGACUCCACCUCCCCACAGUUCCGCCUGCAGGCUCAGGCUUUGAACCAUUAUUUCUCAGAACUCUACGAGUGUUCUCCGUGGAGCUCCUACUACCUGCGCUCAGGAAUUACUGCCUUCAGUGAAGGAGCAGAAGGGCUCAAUGUCUUCUACUGGAGUAAAUUCUCCGCCCCGGACGAUGUUGCCAUGGCGAUCCGGUCGUCCAGCCCGGAGAGGCUGCAGCGCAGGCUUCCCGGCAGCCACAAGGUGCAGCGGGACAGCCGCAACGAGCAGCGCUACUACAUGGAGCGAGAUGACGACAUGCUCCACCUACUGGGUUUGGACCCCGACGACUUUGAAUCAGAAGAAAAAUUGGACAAGAUUAAGAAUCCAAAUAGCAUCCAGAGUGGGAAGUGGCAGCUUGGCUUCCAAGCAAUGUCCUUUGACCUCUACGCCAAAUAUGGCAACAACCGCACCCUGAGCCUCGUGAGUCCCAAGAAGCCGUACUACCAGUGGCGUCUGCGCGUGCCGUCGGGUCACGUAGUUCGACUAGUUAUCCUCACCCUGCAUGGUGCCACGCCAGGAAGCUGCACUGCCCACAAGCUCUCAGCCUACGACUUCCUGCUUCCUUUACAGAACAAGAUCAUUGCCAGGUGGUGUGGGCUGCCUGUCUCGGGUUCGUCUCCAGUCAUGAAGCUGACAUCCUCUGGGAAUGUCAUGUUAGUCACCUUCUCCUUCAGCAGACAGAGGGAUGGAGCAAUCUUCAAAGCGUACUUCCAGGCCAUCCCGAAAGCAGGUUGUGGAGGGUCAAUUUCCUCUUGGAACGGCUCCAUUUCCUCACCCUACUACCCUUCCUAUUACCCUCCAAAUAUAGACUGCACCUGGACACUGCGGGCGCCGUUGCCAGGAUACCUGAUCUCCAUGACGAUCGUGACGAUGGACAUUCAGGAUUCCCCGUCAUCAGACGGCUGUGAGAAAGACUGGCUGGACAUUGGAGGGGUCAAACUAUGUAACCCGGUAUCAGACAGCAGCAAAAAGCGAGUGUACUCCUCUCCUCUCUCCCUCCACUUCCACUCCGAUGAAUCUCUCACUCACAAGGGCUUCUACUUGCUCUACCGAGCCUUCUCUCCAGAGGGCACGUGUCCUCGCCAGUUUCGCUGUGGGGAUGGGCGCUGCAUCCCUCUGAGGAAGGUGUGUGAUGGAGUGAAAGACUGCUCAGAUGGACGAGACGAGGCUAAAUGCUCAUCCUGCAGGCCAGGGGAAGUGUUGUGUGGUAACGGCCAGUGUAAGCCUCAAAGCAGCCAGUGUGUCAGUCAGAGCACCUGUGCAGACAGCAGUGAGGAGGGCACCUGUGGUAAAUGUUAUCACGUGUGUCCCAACAAGGUGUGUUUGCCAAAGUCUUCAGUGUGUGAUGGUGUUACUGACUGCAAAGACCGUAGUGAUGAACUCAACUGUACCAGAGCGUAUCUGAAAGGCUGUUCCUCGUCCUCAUAUAAAUGUGCCAAUGGAAAGUGUGUUAGUAAGGUCAACCCUGAGUGUGAUGGAACAAAAGACUGUUUUGACGGCUCUGAUGAGCUGCGCUGUGGCUGUGGCACCAGGCCCAGAAAACGUACUAAGAUAGUGGGAGGCUCUGAUGCAGGAGCUGGGUCGUGGCCAUGGCAGGUCAGCCUCCAGAUGGAUCGCUAUGGCCACGUCUGUGGAGCCACCCUGGUCUCCAACCGCUGGCUCAUCUCUGCAGCUCACUGCUUCCAGGACUCAGAUGCCAUUAAAUACUCAGACGCUCGUGCAUGGCGGGCCUACGUAGGAAUGCGUGUGAUGACUAUGGGGAACAACGGCGCAGCCACCAGACCGAUCCGACGGAUCCUCCUCCACCCACAGUAUGACCAGUUCACCUCUGACUAUGACAUCGCCCUUCUCGAGCUCAGCGCUCCUGUCUUCUUCAAUGACUUGGUGCAGCCUGUGUGUGUCCCCGCCUCGUCACACACCUUCACCACAGGGACCAGCUGCUAUGUCACAGGCUGGGGGGUCCUGAUGGAGGACGGUGAGCUGGCCUCUCGCUUACAAGAGGCCUCAGUGAAGAUCAUCAACAGGAACACUUGUAACAAACUAUAUGAUGAUGCCGUCACUCCCAGGAUGCUGUGCGCUGGGAACUUGCAGGGAGGGGUGGACGCCUGCCAGGGUGACUCAGGAGGUCCGUUGGUGUGUCUAGAGCGUGGUAGACGGUGGUUCCUGGCGGGGAUCGUGAGCUGGGGUGAAGGCUGCGCGAGGCAGAACCGUCCCGGCGUCUACACACAGGUGGUCAAGUUCACUGACUGGAUCCAUCAGCAGACUAAAGGACAGGUGUGA